CUUAAAGUCCACACGUCUUAAAGUUGCUGAAUUCGAGAAACGCUGAUCUAGGAGAUCCCUGUUCUCUGGUGAUAGCCUUUCCCCACUGUAUUUAGAUACCGGACUGGCUGAUGACGGCAUAGCGGCGAAGAAAGAACACACGCGGAACGGACUUUGAAAGUUUACGUCACAUACGUCAUCGAAAAGCUGCGGCAAAUGUGAUUUGGUACUAUCUUCAGUUAGCUUGUCAUUUCCAGAACUAAAAAUGAUGGCUGAGAACCUAGAAAAGUUCCUUGAAGACCACAAAGCCAGAUUGUUACAGGAUAAAGCAAAACUGGAAAAUGAUCCCCCUUACAUGGAAAUGCAGAACAAGAGUACAGAGAAAUUUUCAGAGGCUAGUGAAUUAUUAAUCUCCAUGGCUAAAGAAAACAUCCCACCAAACAGUCAACAUAUUGCUUUGCAUGACUAUGGCUUAAGCUUGCCUCUUGGGGAAGAAUAUGAACAUAAAAAACACAAACUAAAGGAGGAACUUCGGCAGGAUUACAGGCGAUAUCUUUCACAGGGUAUGUCAGAGGCAAAAAAGAAGAAAAGAUACUUAACAUCAGGUGAAGUUGACCCAUAUACUCAGGGACUUUCUCUUCCUAUUUGUGACAGAAGGUCCGCUAAGGACAGGUUAAGACUUGAAAGAAACAAGGAAUACAAUCAGUAUCUCAGGGAAAAGGAAGAAUGGAAUGAAAGGUUAAGAAGAGUAGGGAAGAAACAAACAGAGCAUGACACAGAUAUACAUAAGCAAAAUUUUGCUGUUAGCAGAGUCCAAUCAGAAUUAUAUGCUCCAAAUGCGUCUUCUCAAAAAGAUGAAGAAUCCUGCAAGAAAGAUGCUUAUACAUCUACAGAUACCUAUCAAGGAUUAUCAAAUAUAAAAUUAUUGCUAGACCAACAACAUAAACCAGAUACUGAAACUGGAUUUGGGAACUCAUUACUGAAUAAAACACUUGAUGAAAAAUUGAACAUUUCCAGUCGAAAGCAAGGAAAGCUGGAUAGCAAACCUGAAAACUGUUCCCAAAGGCAUCACAAGUGUGAGGAUCAUGAUCCUGAAAUAAAUGAUGAAAUGGAUCCCAGGUUUCGAUAUGAAAGCGAUUAUGACAAAAAACCAUUGCGGGUCUUUCAUGCCCAAAGAAGUCAAGGAAAUUCUCCUAUUGAGCAAGUACAGACUGCUGUUGAUAGAGUUCCAUAUGCCACAGGACUCAUACUUGGAGGUCAAGACAGAGAGCUUAUUCAGAGAAGAAAAGAACAAUAUAGGCAGGAAUUAAUGGAGCAAAUGGCUGAGCAGCAAAGAAAUAAGAGACGUGAAAAGGAGCUUGACCUCCCUGUUGCUGCAUCGGGAGUUGUAGAUCCUGAGAAAAAGCCCAACAGACUAAAAGAGUUGGGAUUAAAGCCACAAAUACCUGAGGAGAAAAUACCACCUGAAAGACCAAGACCAGCUUUCCAUACUCCCACUCCUGGAAUUACUUCCAUAUCUGCACCUCCUGUGUCACCAGUGAAUGAAGAUUACCAUAGAGGCUUGUCCAGUGCACUUGGAGAAAUGUUGGCUCCCAGAAUUGCACCCCUUCCACCACCACUUCCUCCACCAAUUUUGACUGAUAGCUAUAGAACUCCAUAUGAUGAUGCUUACUACUUCUAUGGCACCAGAAAUCCUUUGGAUCCCAGCCUUGCAUAUUAUGGUGCAGGUGCAAUGGGGGUACAGCCUUCAUCUGCACCACCACCUCUUGAUACUACUCAAAAACCUCCUGCUGUGCCUAUCAGUAAAAUUGAAGCAAGCAUUGCAAGUAUUAGACCAAAAGGUUUGGGAAUAUUUCCUGAAGAAAAACCAAAACCCACAAGAGAGGCUACCUUAGCUUAUCAGCAAGAAUUACAACAGCAGAUAAGGGAAAGAGAAGAACGUCGUAGGCAAGAAAAGGAAGAAAAAGAACGCUAUGAAGCCAAAUUAGAAGCUGAAAUGAAAAAUUACAACCCUUGGGGAAAAGGAGGUGGCGGGGCUCCUCUCAGAGAUAAAAAAGGAAAUCUCAUAACGGACUUGAAUAUGAUGCACAAGCAAAAUGAAGAUGCGUAUCAUAAUCCAGAGGCACGAGCAUAUGAAGAUAAAAGAGCUAUAGUAUCUGUUGACCUAAGUUUGGCCUCACCAAGACUUGAGAAUACAGAUGAAUCUACAAAUAAAAUAGCAGGCUUUACAUAUACACAAACUUCCCCAUUCGCUCGUGGUAAUGUUUUUGGAGAACCCCCAAGUCCAGAACAGCUUAGGAGACAAGAAUCAUAUAAGAACUUCCUUCGUUUUCAAAUGGAGGAGAAAAGAAAAAGAGAAGAAGAAGAACGUGAAAAACGAAGGCUUGAAGAAGAAAGGGAAGAAAGAAGGUUAGCUGAGCAGAGGGCUAGAAUACAGAGAGAAUAUGAAGAGGAACUGGAAAAGAGGAGAAAGAAAGAAGAAGAGCAAAGGUUAAAAAAUGAAGAAUUAUACAGAUUAGCUGAAGAAAGAAGAAAAGAAGCUGAAAAGACAAAGAUAGAGGAAGAAGAAAAGGAUAAACAGAAUAUUGAAACUGAAAAACAUUUGAUUGAAGAGAAGAUUUCUAGAUACCCUUCUCCUCUUAUACCAACUCUUCAGAAUAAAGCAUUAGUAAAAGAAGAAAGGUCACUUCUGACGGAGAGCCGUUUGUCUUAUUAUACACAUGAUGUCCCCAGAGUUCAGUCUCCUCCAGUACCAGCUAGAAGAAACCAAUUACGCGCAUAUGAAGAAAGAAAGAAUGUGAUAAAUGAGCUUUCAGAGAUGCGAAAGCAGCUCCGCAGUGAAGAGCGGCGACUACAGGAGCAGUUGUUAAAAGUGCACAGUGAUGAUGAUGAAAUGCCAGUGAAAGGGAGAAAAGAUAAACAGAAUCUGGAUGUAUUUGAAAUGGCUAGACUUCGCAUGCAAGCUCCAGUAAGGCGGCCAUCUUCAAAGGAUAUUGCUGAUCCUAUUAAUCUACAAAAUAUCCGUGAAUUUAAUGAACUUAAAUACAAAGAUUCAGAAACACGAUUAGAAACAAGACAUAUGUAUCCUGAUCCUCCCACCAAUAAUGAUACUCUGGACAUUCAACAGCUAGCAUUGCUAAGAGAGCAAAAAAAGAAACUUAAAAAAUUGAGAAACGCAGAAGGAUCCCUAGAUUUUGAUGAUCCUGUAUCUAGCACUAGACCAAGAAACAAGGGAUUGGUUAGAGAUGAAGACUCAGAUGGAUUUAUGAAAACCUCACUCUUGGAAUCUGAGAGUGCUUUUAUUGAUACAGAUGGUGAAACCUACCCAAUUUUAGAAGAGCAUAACUUCAAUAUGAAUAUAUCUCCUUCACCGCCUGUGUCUGCAAGGGAAAGGAGGAGAGAAAAGAAGAAGGAUGAUGCUUCCCAUAGGGUGACUCCACCACCACAGUUUGACAACAGCUCUCUGCACUCGAACUCUAGUCUCAAUAUAGAUCAAUUAAAAGCCAGAAAUGAAGAAAGGCUGCAAAAAUUAAAUGAACUACAUAAGAAGGCCAUUCAUAUAGCUGAUGACAUUUCACUGGGGAAUGGUGUUGACAUCUUGAAGGAAUUACCUCCUAAACAUGGCAGAAGAUCCAGUUCGGUUGACUCUGUGGCAACUGAGCCGUGGCUUAGACCUGGGACAUCAGAAACCCUUAAAAGAUUCAUGGCUGAGCAGUCAAGUCAAGCUAAACCGACUUCUGAGAAGAGCAUAACAUUCAAUUGGCAGGGGCUGUCAACUGCCCAUGGUUAAAUAAACCUGUGUUAAAGCCGUUUGUGCCUUUCAAGAGUUUCUCUACUGCUGCACUUUUAUAUUCAUAGGUGAUUAUGAAAACAGUUCCUAUCUUUGUUCAAUUGUCAAUACAUUACUGAUGGGAUCUGAAUUUGGAAAUAUACUCCUAUAGUAAAUUUCCAUGACAGCUUCAGAAUAUAGCUAAAUGUACAAUUUAAUGUACAUUUAAUGGUACUGGGGCAACAUUUUCAAGUUUAUUUCUGGAUUAUUUUUUUUCUUUGAAAAAUUACCUCAGACUGCUGCAAGAUUGAGAAAUAUGACCUGAAUGUAAUCAAAUAAAAUACUGUGGCUUAGAGUUCUUAGACAUGUAAUAGAUAUUUAGGGACUACCCAAGAUUUAAAUUUAUUGCUGCUUUACUUCUAACCCACAAGUCUUAUCCAAUCAUUUGUUCUAAAUUGCUAAAGUGCUGUUUUAUAUUUAUAUGUAUAUGUGUGUGUUCAAAUGCCAAUAGUGAAUUCUAUAAAUGUAUUUAUGGUCAUGACUUAAAAUGACAAAAUAAAUUAUAUUUUUAUCAGGAUUCUAAUGAAGUAUUUGUGAAGAUGGGUAUUUUGUGAAAUGAAUA